AUGAACAAAGAUGCCCUUCAUUUCGGUGGCAUCGAGCAUCGAGAAAUACACAAUAUGUAUGGUUUUCUCCAACAUUCAUCGACAUUUGAAGGGCAACUCCAACGUACCGGUGGGAAGGAUCGGCCAUUCAUACUUACUCGGUCAGGAUUUGUGGGAUCUCAACGAACCGCUGCAAUCUGGACCGGAGACAAUACUGCUGACUGGACACACUUGGCCAUAGCAGCUCCUAUGUUAUUGUCAUUGUCAGUUUCUGGUGUGCCCUUUGUUGGAGCUGAUGUUGGUGGAUUCUUUGGUAACCCUGACGAACAGCUACUCACUCGUUGGUAUGAAGCAGGCGCAUUCCAACCGUUCUUCAGGGCUCAUGCUCACAUUGACACAAGAAGGCGAGAGCCAUGGUUGUUCUCUAAGCCAACACUGGAUGCAAUUCGUUCCGCAAUAAGACGGCGAUAUGCCUUGCUUCCUUACUGGUAUACAUUGUUCCGAGAGCAUUCUCUUACCGGCGCACCGCCUAUGCGACCUGUUUGGUUCGAGUUUCCCGAAGAGGAGAAAUUCUUUGAGGAAGAAAAGGUCUGGAUGGUUGGUCAUGCGUUACUGGUUCGGGCUGUUGUAGAGAAAGACUCUUUCAACGUUAAUGUGGAGCUCCCAGUUGGGAGAGACAAGAACAUUCGCUGGUAUGAAUGGGAAUCUGGAGCUGAGAAACAACCUGGUUCGUUGUAUGUUGAUGCACCAAUUGAUCACAUUCCGGUAUUCCAACGUGGAGGUACCAUAAUCCCAACGUGGCAAAGAAUAAGACGUGCUGCGAGUUUGAUGAUUCAGGAUCCCUUGACUCUAUUUGUCGCCUUGGAUCGCUCUGGUCAUGCCAACGGUAGUGUCUAUCUUGACGAUGGCGCUACUCAUUUUUACAAGCAUGGGAUGUUCGUCUCAGCUGAAAUGGUUUACAAGUAG